GUGUGUGUGUGUCUGUGAGUGUGUGCGUGAGUGUGAGUCCUACUGCUGGGGGUGACGAUGAUGCAUCCCCCGACAGAGGACCAGGAGGUGGGACUGGGGGUCGGGGCGAUGCCGGCCCGUGUCCGGAGGAACCUGUUCGGCCCGGCAGGUCACCGCCAGAUGCAGCAGGACAUCCAGCAUCUACUGAGGGCCAAUAUUGAAGCGGCCGAACACAGGUGGAACUAUGACUUCAGCGAGGAGGCGCCGGGUGAAGGGAGGCUACAGUGGCAGGGGCUGCAAUGGCAGGAGGUGCCGGCCUUCUACCGGAGCCGUCUCCUCCACUCUAGCUCUCUGCAGCCGCUCAAUGUGAACCGUGGAUCCGAGCAGCCGGCGUCUCCCCGCCACAAACCCGCAGCUCAGGCCAGCCCCGGGCAGAGAGGGAGGCGACAGACACGUAUAACAGAUUACUACCCAAUAAAGCGAUGUUCACCCCCAGUCCAUUCUAGCUGGGGCAAGGAGCCAUCUGGGACAGAACAUGUGGCGACUUCAGAACAACUCAGCAUAACCCGCAAGUUCCUCAAGAUAUUGUAGCCUGAAGAUUUCGUAUUAAAUCACAGAUUAUUCAUCAAUUCUGUUUUAAAAAAAAUGAAGUGCUGAUUAUUUUUAACUACCAUCAUAGGAUCAGAUUCAGAUUCAGAUUCAGACUUUAUUGUCAUUGAGCAGUGUACAGUACAGAGACAAGGAAAUGUAGUUAGCAUCUCCCUAGAAGAGCGACAUGAAUAACUGAGUGGGACAUUUUUCACUGAAGUGCUUGUGAUUGCUACAAAUGACCACUGAAACCUGCAGAACAACAAUAGACAAUAGGUGCAGGAGUAGGCCAUUCGGCCCUUCGUGCCAGCACCGCCAUUCAAUAUGAUCAUGGCUGAUCAUCCCCAAUCAGUACCCCGUUCCUGCCUUCUCCCCAUAUCCCCCGACUCUGCUAUCUUUAAGAGCCCUAUCUAGCUCUCUCUUGAAAGUAUCCAGAGAAUCUGCCUCCACCGCCCUCUGAGGCAGAGAAUUCCACAGACUCACCACUCUCUGUGAGAAAAAAUGUUUCCUCGUCUCCGUUCUUGAACUGCGGACCCUGGUUCUGGACUACCCCAACAUCGGGAACAUGUUUCCUGCCUCUAGCGUGUCCAAACCCUUAACAAUCUUAUAUGUUUCAAUAAGAUCUCCUCUCAUCCUUCUAAACUCCAGAGUGUACAAGCCCAGCUGCUCCAUUCUCUCAGCAUAUGACAGUCCCGCCAUCCCGGGAAUUAACCUUGUAAACCUACGCUGCACUCCCUCAAUAGCAAGAGUUUAUUGGAGAAACUGAGCGGGUGAGGCAGCCGAUAAUUUUGUUUCAAAUCAGAUAAAUUUGAAACCUCUUUGAUUCAGCAGCGCUUUAUAUUUGACACAGACUGUUUGCAAGAUUGCAUUGAUCAGAAAUCCUUGAAGAAUUUGGAAAUAAAUAUGCGAUUUUCACUGGAAUCUGAAAGCACACUGUCUUGACAUCAACCUCACCAUUCUCAUUCUCCAGGGACCUUGGAAACAUAGAAAAUAGGUGCAGGAGUAGGCCAUUCGGCCCUUCGAGCCUGCACCUCCAUUCAAUAUGAUCAUGGUUGAUCAUCCAACUCAGUAUCCUGUACCUGCCUUCUCUCCAUACCCCCUGACCCCUUUGGCCACAAGGUCCACAUCUAACUCCCUCUUAAUUAUAGCCAAUGAACUGGCCUCAACUACAUUCUGUGGCAGAGAAUUCCAGAGAUUCACCACUCUCUGUGUAAAAAAUGUUUUUCUCAUCUCAGUCCUAAAAGAUUGGAGAAACUGAGCGGGUGAGGCAGCAUCUAUGGAGCGAAGGAAUAGGUUACGUCAAAACUUCACCAAAACGUCACCUAUUCCCUCGCUCCAUAGAUGCUGCCUCACCCGCUGAGUUUCCCCAGCACUUUUGUCUACCUUCGAUAUUUCCAGCAUCUGCAGUUCUUUCUUAAGCAAUAAUUUAUUGUGCUUUUGGAGAUUCCCGAGUGGUGAAAGGCUUGGCUAGAGUGGACGUGGAGAGGAUGUUUCCACUAGUGGGAGAGUCUAGGACCAGAGGUCACAGCCUCAGAAUUAAAGGACAUUCCUUUGGGAAGGAGAUGAGGAGGGAUUUCUUUAGUCAGAGGGUGCUGAAUCUGUGGAAUUCAUGGCCACAAAAGGCUGUGGAGGCCAAGUCAAUUGAUAUUUUUAAAGCAGAGAUAGAUAGAUUCUUGAUUUCUACAGGUGUCAGGGGUUAUGGGGAGAAGGCAGGAGAAUGGGGGUUAGGAGGGAGAGAAUAAUCUGUUGAUGGGCCAAAUGGCCUAAUUCUGCUACUAUCACUUAUGAACUUGCGCAAAUCAAAUUCAGACUUCAGUUUUCUCUUUUUGGUAAAUAAAUGAUUGAUUUUCUUUUGUACAUGAAGUCUUGGUGCACAAAA